CUCGGCGGGUCGGGCAGCGCCUGUCGAGGGGAAAUGCUGAGUUCCUCUCUGCAUGGUGUGUGCCUUGCUCCAGAUGCCCAGCACCUGCCCUCUCUCUGGUGUCACCCAAACACCGCGGAAGGCUGGGAGGCUGAGAGUGGGAGCAGAGCCCGCGGAGAAUAGACUGCGGGUCAGGCAGCCUCUGUGGAGGGAGAAGCAGAAAUUCUGCUUAUUUCCAGAAUUGUGUUUUCCGCCUGAAAUGUGAACUGUGAAUUCUCCCUCCGCCGCGGCUGCCCGACCUGCUGAGUAUUCCAACGUUUUCUGUCUCCAUUACUGUCUCCCAGAGGUGGUUGUGAACCGCCGCUGGCUUGGUCAAACCCCGCCAGGCUCCGCACUGUUGUGGAUGCCAGCGGUUUAAUCCCACGGCUUGAAUCUGCACAGGUGGGGAGUGAAUGCCAGUGGGCAGGGCAGGGCGGUGCGACUGGGCGUUGGCUGCGCCCGUUGCCGAGGAAUGGGGCGAGUGGGAGUGUCCGGAGCCGAGGUGGGGCCGCCUCUCGCUGGCUAUAUACAGCGGGAGGCAGCCUGCGGGGCGCUCAGUCCAGCGCCCGACUAGCUCUCCCGCCGCAGUCUCCGCUAUACUGACAGCCAUGCCCAGUAUCACCAGCACCAUCUCCAGCCGCCGGACGUCCCGCCGCAGUGUGGCUCCCUCCUUCUCCAGCCGCUCGGUGCAGAGCGGGUCCUGGAGCCGGGGGUCCGCCACCGGACACUCCCUGGUUCUCGGCUCCGGCGGCGGCAUCAGCUCGUCCGCCGGCCUCCUGAUGUCGGCGGCGGUGGCCGGGCCCGGGGGCGAGAAGGAGACGAUGCAGGGGCUGAACGAGCGGCUGGCCCGUUACCUGGACAAGGUGCGCACGCUGGAGACCAGCAACAGGGAGCUGGAGGUGCAGAUCAGCGCGCUGCUGGAGGAGCGGAGACCGGUCGAGAGGGACAUUAACCCCAUGUUGGCGCAGGCACGGGUCCUCAACAAACAGAUCCUCGACCUCACUCUGGGCAACGCUGCCAUCCUGCUUCAGAUUGACAACGCAAGACUCAGCGCAGAGGACUUCAGGACGAAGCUGGAGUCCGAAUCACUUGUCCGUCAGGCCGUGGAGAACGACAUUGACCGUCUGAGGCGCGUCAAGGAGGAAUAUGAGGUCAACGCCGUCUCUCUGAGGAACGAGUCUGAUCUGUUGACUGAAGAAAUUCUGUUCCUGAAGAAGAACCAGGCAGAGGAGAUUAACGGGCUGAAAGCCCAGUUGAAGACUGAGAAGGUUUCUGUGAGUGUGUCAUCGAAUAAGGAAACUGAUAUCUCUGAACUUGUGGCGAAGGUCAGGACUGAAUAUGAAAAUUUAAUCAUGAAAAACAAAGCUGACGCUGAAGCCUGGUACCAGUCGCAGAUUCAGGUUGUGACCACUGAAGUUGAGCAGAAUUCAAAAGCAUUAGACGAUGCUAAAGCUGAAAUCAACGUUAAACGGCAAACGGCACAAGGUCUGGAGGUGGAGCUGGAAACCCUGAAGGCACAGAUCAAUGGACUCGAAAAUAUACUGGGAGAGACUGAGAAGAGAAAUGAGGAGGAGUUCAAUAAGCUGCAGUUAGUUAUCUCCCAGCAUGAAGCUCAGUUGGUCGAUCUACGGAAUGAAAUCUUGAGACACAAAGACAACUACGAUGAUCUUCUAAAAAUCAAACAAACUCUGGAGGCAGAGAUUGCUGAGUACAGGCGCUUACUCAACGGGAACAUGAGUGUGAAGCCAGAUCCCCCUCCACGAACUCCAAGUCCUCCUCCUGAGGUCACAACGAGGAAGAUUGUCAAAGUCAUCACGACAACAUUGGUUGAUGGCAAGGUUGUGGAUGAAUCAAGUAAAGUGGAAGAAUAUAGUGAGCAGACUCAGAGACUGGAGUGAGCGCUCACGGUUGUACCGGUUCUGGUUUACUGAAAUAUUAUGUAUCAUCAGGAAUCUGUGUAUUGGGACAUAAUGGUUUUAUACUGGUGGUUGAAGCAAUGAACUGCUAUCAUAAACAUGUAUAAAGGGGCUAAAUUUUCUACUCUUUUCACUCUGUGCAAUGGGUUAACUUUUAAUAAAUGCUGGAGUUUUUAUCUGUUA